CGACCGACGGAGGACGACAACAUGGCGGCCUCCUUGCUUCUCGGUCGUCAGGGAAUUUUAUUUGGGCUCAGGUUGUCCCAUUUAAAUAAAUGUUUAUCGGCUGCUCAUCCAUGGCAGGAACAUGUCAGGCACUUCUUUCAGUCGCCGUGGAUACUCGGUGUCAGCCCACUCAAAGUGCAAAUGCCGGCUUUGUCCCCCACCAUGGAGGAGGGAAACAUAGUCAAAUGGCUGGUAAAGGAAGGUGAGCCUGUGGCAGCAGGUGAUGCUCUCUGUGAGAUUGAGACAGACAAGGCUGUGGUUACCAUGGAAUCUAAUGACGAUGGCAUCCUGGCAAAGAUAUUGAUGGAGGAGGGCAGUCGCAACGUGCGCCUUGGAACUCUGAUCGCCCUCAUGGUGGAGGAAGGGCAGGACUGGAAGCAGGUUGAGAUCCCUGCUCCAGAUGCUGCACCUCCAGCUGCAGCUCCACCUGCGACGCAUUCAGCCGCUGCCUCGGUCGGGGCCCCUGCUGCUCCUGCUCCGCCGCCCCCACCUAAACCAGUCACGUCAGGCCCGUUACGUCUGAGUCCAGCAGCCAGGCACAUUUUGGACACCCAUGGUAUUGACCCCAAAUUGGCCACAGCCACUGGACCAAGAGGACUCAUUACUAAGGAAGACGCGUUGAAUCUUUUGAAGACGUCUCCUGCUCCAGCAGCAGCGCCGGCCCCGGUUGCCCCAGCUGCCCCGAGUCCUGCUCCCACCCUGGCAGCUGCGCCCCCACCCCCAGGCAGCAGGCCCAACAUACCUCCCCUCUCUGUUCCAGGGAAACCAGGAGCACCGGGAACUUUCACAGAGCUGCCCGCCUCGAAUGUACGCCGUGUGAUCGCUCAGAGACUAACCCAGUCAAAGACCACCAUCCCACACGCGUACGCCUCCAUCGACUGCGACAUGGCUGCUGUCAUGCAGCUCCGGAAGAACCUGGCCAAAGAACAAAUCAAAGUGUCUGUUAAUGACUUCAUCAUCAAAGCAGCUGCUGUUACACUGAAAGAAAUGCCAGAAGUGAAUGUCACCUGGUCUGGCGAAGGGCCCCAGGCGCUGGAUUCAAUCCACAUAUCCAUCGCAGUGGCGACUGACAAAGGACUCAUUACACCCAUCAUCAAAGAUGCAGCAAACAAGGGAGUGCAGGAGAUUUCCUCUAAUGCCAAGGCUCUGGCCCAAAAGGCUCGCGAUGGGAAGCUUCUGCCAGAAGAGUACCAGGGAGGCUCUUUCAGCAUAUCGAACCUGGGCAUGUUUGGAAUCAGCGGCUUCAGCGCCGUCAUCAACCCUCCUCAGGCGUGCAUCCUGGCCGUCGGCACCUCCCGGUCCGAGCUGCAGCUGUGCGAGGACCAGCAGACCCUGCGCACCCAGCAGCUGAUGACGGUCACGCUGUCCAGCGACGGGCGGCUCGUGGACGACCAACUGGCCUCGCAGUUCCUCGAUAAAUUCCGUGCCAACCUAGAACAGCCCCAACGCAUGGCCCUAGCCUAGAGGACAUGCACAGAUUGAUGAUAGUGAUUGAAGAGGAAAUAAUAAGGCAGCCAACGCCUACAUGACAAAGCUUGGAUUGUGCUUUUAUAAGGGAAGAGCUACUAAAUAGACGCCUAAAACGCACAAAGUAGUGUUGUGUAUAUAGUGUAAAACUGAGAUUCAGGCUGAUAGACGUCAGGCUUUGUCAUGAAGGAGCUGAGGAGAGCUUCUUCCAGAAUAAUAAAAGGGUUCUGACUGUGGUGCCAAAUGUCACCAACACAGAACUCCUGCAGCAAACUGUGCCCCACAUAUUUCAAAAUCGGUGGUUUGUGUACCGUGCUAGCAUUGUGUAUAUAUAUUUAAGACUGUUCUGGCUCCAGCUCCAUUUGCAUUGUAUCGACUCUGUGACUAAUAAUACACAUGCAAAUAGGGCUGUCAACCCCUCCCCUACUGUACAUUUGUCAAAGAUAUUUAUUACUGACCGGUGCGAUUUCCAACCAGGGUAAACCCAAAUAAACCAUUUCCCAGUUGUUCAAAUGUUCGGAAUCUAGAUCAGUAAUAAUUAUUUGUUAAAGCAUUUAUGCUGUAUAACAUGUAGACAACAUGUCACGGAAAACAAAUCCUCCAAGUCCAUGUGUACACGGGAUUCAUUUAACUUUUGGUCUUUGUCAAAUGGCAAUAAAACACACUGUUCGACCUUCA